AUGUCCAUUAAAGCAAAAUGCGCUAGCUGCUUAAAAUCUUCCGGCGAAAGAUCCAGCAACUCCGAGUUUGCCAUUGAAGGGACCGGCAAGACCGUUACCGAGCACCCCACCAACGCCACCAACAAUACCACCGUGUCCAGCAAGUCCGUGUCCCCCAACGAUGCCUCCAUGUCCAGCAAGUCCGUUACCGAAGACUCCAUUGACGCCAUGUCCACCGACAAUACCGCCGUGUCCAGCAAGACCGUUACCGAACACUCCAUUGACGCCACGUCCAACAACGAUGCCGCCAUGUCCAGCAAGUCCGUUACCGAAGACUCCAUUGAUGCCACGUCCACCAACGAUGCCACCAUGUCCUGCAAGACCGUGUCCCCCAACGAUGCCUCCAGCAAGUCCGUUGCCGAACACUCCAUUGACGCCAUGUCCACCAACAAUACCGCCGUGCCCAGCAAGACCUUUACCGAAGACUCCAUUGACGCUACGUCCACCAACGAUGCCGUUAUGUCCUGCAAGACCGUGUCCACCAACGAUGCCACCGUGACCAGCAAGACCGUUACCGAAGACUCCAUUGAUGCCACGCCCGCCAACAAUGCCACCGUGCCCAGCAAGACCGUGUCCACCAACGAUGCCGCCAUGUCCAGCAAGUCCGUUACCGAAGACUCCAUUGACGCCACGUCCACCGACAAUGCCACCGUGACCAGCAAGACCGUUACCGAACACUCCAUUGACGCCACGUCCACCAACAAUGCCGCCAUGUCCUGCAAGACCGUGUCCCCCAACGAUGCCGCCAUGUCCAGGAAGUCCGUUACUGAAGACUCCAUUGACGCCACGUCCACCGACAAUGCCACCGCGACCAGCAAGACCGUUACCGAACACUCCAUUGACGCCACGUCCACCAACAAUGCCGCCGUGUCCAGCAAGACCGUGUCCGCCAACUAUGCCACCGUGACCAGCAAGACCGUGUCCACCAACGAUGCCUCUCUGACCAGCAAGUCCGUUGCCGAACACUCCAUUGACGCCUCGUCCACCAACAAUGCCUGUUACGAAUGGACCAGAGCUUUUACCGUAUCCGUAGUUGUUAUAGCCGUAGCCUUUUCCUGCAAUACCACCGUUGUUGAAACCGAAUCCGAGAGCACCUUUUCUAAGACCUCCACCGAUGAGAGGCACCUGAGCCAGGGGACCAGCAAGUCCGUUACCGAGGACCCCAUUAAUGCCGCGUCCACCAACAAUGCCGCCGUGUCCAGCAACACCGUGCCCCCCAACGAUGCCACCGUGACCAGUAAGACCGUGUCCGCCAACGAUGCCACCAUGUCCAGCAAGACCAUGUCCACCAACGAUGCCUCCAUGACCAGCAAGUCCGUUACCGAACACUCCAUUGAUGCCACGUCCACCGACGGUGCCACCAUGGCCAGCAAGACCGUUACCGAGGACUCCAUUGAUGCCACGUCCACCAACGAUGCCUCCAUGUCCAGCCAGUCCCUUACCGAACACUCCAUUCACGCCACGUCCACUAACGAUGCCACUAUGGCCAGCAAGACCGUUGCCGAGGACUCCAUUGAUGCCACGUCCACCGACGAUGCCACCAUGGCCAGCAAGACCGUUUCCGAGGACUCCAUUGAUGCCACGUCCACCAACGAUGCCUCCAUGUCCAGCAAGACCGUUGCCGAGGACUCCAUUGAUGCCACGUCCACCGACGAUGCCACCAUGGCCAGCAAGACCGUUUCCGAGGACUCCAUUGAUGCCACGUCCACCGACGAUGCCGCCAUGUCCAGCAAGACCGUGUCCACCAACGAUGCCUCCAUGACCAGCAAGUCCAUUACCAAACACUCCAUUGACGCCACGUCCACCAACGAUGCCACCAUGUCCAACAAGACCGUGUCCCCCAAGGAUGCCACCAUGCCCAGCAAGUUCGUUACCACCGACAACGCCACCGAAGGGACCAGAUCCUUUACCGUAUCCGUAAUUGUUAUAGCCGUAGCCUUUUCCUGCAAUACCACCGUUGUUGAAACCGAAACCGAAAGCACCAUUUCCAAGACCUCCACCGAGCAGAGGCACCUGAGCCAGGGUGGAGCACACCAGCACGGACAAUACAACGACGAUGACCUGAGAAAACAAUAG